AUGAAGGGCCGUCCCAUCGACCAGCUCGUUUACGAGCACAUGUUCCCCAAGCCUCGCGCCAGCGAUCCCCAGAACUUUCACGCCCUUCUGCAACGCAGCCUGAUCCUGGAGGUUCGCCAAGAGGUCCACUCCUUCUACGGCCACCUCGACACACAAGAAGCCAAGUACCCAGGACUGGAUUACUGCAAUCCCAUCCAUCGCAUUCGCCUGAGCCGUUGGACUUGGCACCGUCGCUUGUUCCGAGCGUUCGACAACCUUCGUCUUACCCCCAACGAGAUUGCGGGCUUGACCAAAUGGGAGGGUACGAGAUGGGCCAAGGAGCGCUAUGAGAAGGAGCAGGGCAUCACCAUCCGGGACACUGCCGGCGACGGAUUCCCCGAUUGGGUCGAGCCCGAAGACCGCCCCACGCCCCUGGUCCGGAGCACCAGAUCACGGUCUGUCGAGACGGACGACGCAACAGACCCUGGAGAUGAGGACAUGGACGGUGAGGAAAGCGAAGAGGAGCUGGAGAGUGUCGGAGUGGCUUUGAACCAGCGUCUCAGAGAACGGGCGGCCCGACGAGAGGCGGGAGACAUGUCGACGGUGCUGGAUGAGGAAUGGGAGCAGUGGCUGAAGAAUGUCAUCGAGAGUGGCGAGCUGCCAUACAUCUCAAACGGGAUCGCGACGUCAACAACCGACGCUGCAGAUGCGGUCGUGCCGCAGGCGCUCUUUCCUCCUCGCAUGCUGAUGGCUGCCCGAGCCGGCCAGUGGCAAGACAUUCCCGAUUUCCUCCACGACAUCAUUCGUCGUACUCUUGAGACCAGCUCAGGUAUGGAAGAGGCCAUUGUGCCGCCUGCUCGCCUGCCCACCUCGGCGAGCUCCAGUGCAGCGCGAGAGCGAAGAGGCACCGAUGAGCACCACAUUGGCGGCAUCACAAACUGGCGGCGUACGUAUUCGGAUCUGCGUCUCCCGGUCGGCGACAGCGCGACUAGUCCGACUUUGCAGCGGACGGCACAGGCACCUGGCGCCUAG